ACCGGGAUCUUAUACAUCUUAACUAUUACACUAUUUACAGAAAAGUUUUAUAAAUAUUUUCGCUUUUUGUUAUGUAUAUAUCUCACUUUCAUAUCACCUUAAGGACUUUAAUUCUAAUGUAGAUGCUAUCGGCCCUAAAUUAUCCACCCUAAAGGUUGCGUUUCACCGGGAUCUUAUACAUCUUAACUAUUACACUAUUUAGAACAGUCUUAUGAAUAUUUUGACUUUUUGUUAUGUAUAUAUCUCACUUUCAUAUCACCUUAAGGACUUUAAUUCUAAUGUAGAUGCUAUCGGCCCUAAAUUAUCCACCCUAAAGGUUGCAUUUCAGCUAAAUCUUAUACAUCUUAUCUAUUACACAGUUUCUAAUCAGCGAUACAUUCCAUUUAAUCAGGUCCUAUGUGGCGUCCAGCCUGCGUGGGUGCCGACAAGUGGAAGCAACAUUCCGCCUAACGCAAUUCCAGGAGGCCAGACCGAAGAGAGCGAGCCUCUCUUCAUCGGCCGUGUCAACCAUGAAGGCACCAUAACUAUCGGUAAGGUCCAACCAUCCCAUGGUGUGUUGUACAUCCCGUUCGGGGGAGCCGAGGUCGCCUUCCCGGAUUACGAGAUCCUCGUCCAGGAGUAAAGCGUCCAAGAAGAAUCGAAGGAUCGUCAUUGAAUUGUUCGAUGAAUUCUUGGAAGCAACGUGUAUCCUCAUCCCCGGCGAGGUUCCUUCCUGCGCCCGACCAGCGAAAGAUUCCUCGUAAUGCAUCACCAUUGACGUCUUCGGGAUCUCUGCAACCGUAGUAUGUGCAUUUAGGUGAUGGGAAUGUGGCGUCUAAGCGUUCUCCUCCAUGAAGCUUUCCUCCAAAGGGGAUGUGCCGAAUCGAUUAAAACUGCAAUAUAAAUACGGGGAUGAGGAAGGACCUCAAACUCAUGAAACUUCAACGUUUUUCUCUUUUUUGUCAUUUCGGUUCGUAGAAUCGAUUAAAACUGCAAUAUAAAUACGCAGGGUAUAAGGGAAGGACCUCAACUCAUGAAACUUCGAUGCUUGUUUCUUUUUUGUCAUUUUUGCUCGUAGGUAUUAUUAAAAUUUGUUUAUAUGAAAUG